AUGGCAUCACCAGCGCAAAGACGAUUCGCUGUCCCUUCCGCUGCAAGCAAUGAAGAUGGAGACUCUACAGCACCCCAGAGGUCAACUCGACGAGCAUGCGACUGCUGCCGAAAGCGCAAGGUGAAAUGUGACGGUGGCAAGCCAUGCGGGCCGUGUACGAAGGCUUCGAUCCAUUGCGCAUACCUCCAGCCGCCAAAGAAGAAAGGUCCCAAGGGCUUGAGGAGCGCACGAGUGUUACAUGCUCUACGACGGAUAGACGAGCAUGCUACGAAAUAUCCCGAGGACCCGAUAGGUCCACCAGAUCAGGCUGGCGCCUUUGGUGAUUGGGAUUGGCAGAACCAGGACAAUUCGUCGUCAACGGGAGUGGGCGUUACCAACGAAAUGCUACAACAACAGCAGCAGGAUGAUCUGUACCACCUGCAGACCAAGGUAGAGCCGGAACCAACACCUCUCCAGCAAAUGCCGACAUCAGUUCCACAGCCACCGCCAACGUCGCAACCAGUAACUUACACCCCGGAAGUAAGCUUGCAGACGUGGUCCUCUAACCCGGACUCGGGAUCAGACAGCGAUAUGCCAUCCACAGUAUCAACGACUAUGUCCAAGCCCAAACCAACACGCAUUGCUGGAGAAAGCUUCCAGCCUUACAUGCAACUGUUCUACGAGCAGAUGUUCUCGAUCAUGCCCAUCAUUGAUCGCAACGUCUACUUGGACCCCGGACUUUACAACAAUUCACACAUGUGGAGCCCGGAUUUGUAUUGCUUCAUCUGCGCCAUCUGCGCUGGGACUAUUGCCCAGUUGCAGGUCAACCAGAACAUGCCCGACAUGCCCCCACUCCAACCUCCCAAAGCCACCGAUGACUUUUUCGCCGCAGAAUGCUUGCGCGAGCGGAAGACGUUCGACUACAUUGAGGUCCCAACCACCCUCAGCGUUAUGACCUCGUUCUUCCUGUUCGCCUAUCAUGGCAACCACGAACAACACGGCAAAGCCUGGCACUAUCUCCAAGAGACCAUCGCCUUCGCUGAGAACCUCGAUCUGGAUGAUGAAAAGACUUACCUCGACCUCGACCCGAUGGAAGCGCAAUGGCGAAGACGACUGUACUGGCUUCUCUUCAUCACAGAACGAGCCUACGCCAUCCAACGCCGCAAGCAUGCCCGCCUACCCAAAAGCGUCCAGCAACCUUACCCAUUCGAGUAUGAGCACCCAGAAUUCCUCAACGGCUUCAACAAUCUCGGCACCCUUUUUGCCACCGUCGACGAGGACUUCGUCCGUGCCUGGCGCGGGUCGCGGAAAAAGAGCCUCUGCAACGAAGCUUGGCUCAAUCAGACACAAGAUCAAAUCGACAAGGUCGCCUUUGCGCUCGGCAAUGUCACGGAAACACAACACCUCGACAUCUCCGUCACACGGGAGUGGCUGCACGUGCUCGCCUGGCAGAUGGGCGUUAGUAACGGGCUCAUGUGGGGUGAAGGCGGUAUGAGCCUCGAUUACCCCGUCGAGCUAGCUCGGAAAGUCGUCAAUAUCACCGCCGGAGCGAACAGUCUCGCGCUCGACAGCCAUGGGAUCGGCAUGGAGCAGAAGCUUUCAGAUAUCGCGGGCUGUCUUGCAGACGUGCUGAAGUGCACUGCUGGGGACGAGAGUGGAGUCUGGGGAGAGGGGAAGCAGUAUCUUUCAAUCCUGCUGAGUCAAUUGGGGCGGAUGCGGGGGAGGGAGAGUAGGUAUUUGAAGCCGCUGCUGGAGAAAUUGGAGGGUGUGAUGAAUGAAGGGUUGGAGGGGCAAGGGGCGUGUCCACCUCUGCCUCAAGGUCCGACCGUCGCUGCGCCUGCCUUCGACCAGGAGCAAGCGAACAAUAGUGUAGGCGCCCAAGCGUUCCCGCCUGCGAACUUCGCAAGCACCUCGUACGACACCGCCCGCCUCACGCCACCGCAACGCUGGACCGUCGCCGACUCGUUCGGGAUGCUGCGCUCGCUAUCUCAGACGGGGAGUCUAGGCAUGCCGGGGCUGGGGUACAGUCCUGGCGUGCCUGGUAUGGCACAGCAACAACAACACCAGCAGCAGCAGCAGCAGCAGCAGCAGCAGCAACAAGCUCCAUCAUCGCAACCGCAGCAGUUUUCGCAGCAGCAGAAUGUGCAGGAGGGGGCGUUGCUGCAGCCGGAAGAGGACUGGGAUCAGAGACGGGAGAGUGGGAAGGUGUAUGAGGAGCAGGAGAUGGAGGAGCAGGGGUGGUGGCAGCGAGGGGGUGGGGGUGGGAUAGCGCAGGUCGGUUGA